AUGGCAGAUCCAGAGAAGGUCCCUGUUGCCCCGGCAGUCCAGUUCAAGGGAAGCUGCGCAUGCGAGAGGAUCACCUACCACUGCACUGAUACGCCCAAGGCGGAUGAAACAGGCAUCUGCCAUUGCGUGACGUGCAGGAAGCUCUCUGGAGGACCAUAUCAAGCGUUCACCGGCGUCAGCGCGAAGUCGGUCACCCUUUUCGAUCAGAAGGAACAAUUGCGCUACGCAGGAUUUCCAAAAGACGACAUUGGCGGCAUCAUGUACCUGCGCUUCUCGCAGAUUGGCGAGAGAUCAUUUUGCGUCUCAUGCUAUUCGCCAUUGGCUAUGCGGUACAAGCACCGUCCAGACGUUGUGGACCUCACGCUCUCGUCCAUCGAUGAGGACAGCAUUGUGGGAGAGGAUGGCAAGAGGUCGUUGAGAGUGAGCUUUCACAUCUUCACGAGUCAGAAAGUAUCGUGGAUCGACAUUGAGAAGGACGGUGUGCCUGAGGGUCGAAGGCACGAGCGGUUCUCCAAGACUUUUGAGGAGAAGCUGAGCGCUUGGGAGUCUAAGCAGCAGUAG